CUGUUCCAUACCCCAAAAUAAUAACCAAAGUAUUCGCUGCUGCUCGCUCGUGCGUAAGUUUUGGCUGUGUCGCAUCUCCGUCGGUUGCUUCUCAUCUCUCUUCCGUGUUUGGUUCCCUUUCCACCCUUUUUUUUCCUUAUUCUUUAUUAUAAUUAUGAAUGUUAUAAUUGCCUAUUUUUCUUCGUAAUGAUUUCGAGGAGGACAAGGUGGAGCGAAGUGGAGGCAGAGGUCGAGAUGUAGAGAAGCUUCGACUUUCGUUGAUGGCUCCGUCGCUUCCUGUCAACGGCCGAGCGUACGGGCGACUCCACGCCGCCGCUUUGUCUCGCUUCGGCGCCUCCAAAGCCCAAGUCGGCUUGGCCAAGAUCAUAGCCGUCAUCUCCGCUUCCCCUCCUCCCCAUCCUGAGCCCGAAGCCGCCCACCACGGCGAUGGCGAUCCUGAGGCGGCGGGUGGGAGGAAGACGCCUGAGGAAGAUUCGGGCUUCGGCGUCGAUUUGAGGCUCAGGCUGGGCCCUCCGCACGAGAUCGGAGGAGGGUCGGCCGCGGGAGAUGGCCCCCCGGCCGACGGCGUCGUUGUGGAUACUUCUUGGCCGGUGGAGUCCGGUGGCGACGUGCACACCGCAGGGAAGACCUCCGAAACUGUCCCGGCGGCUGCAGAGUCUCAGCACUCGUUGUCGCCAGCGGUGUCCGUCGCCUGCGGCGGUGAUGCUUUGACUGUAGCAAAGAGCUCGGAGGGCGAAUGCGAUCCGGAAGGGGAGCACGGCGGAGAGAGCCACGAGGAGAUUGCAGAAGGCGACGCCAAGGCGGAGGUCUUCGCAGAGCAAGAAGGAACGAAGGGAACGGAAGGAGCGGAAGCGGGGACCACCACGGUUACGACGACCACCGUCACCACUACCAGCAGCACCAGCAGCAGAGGAAGAGGGCGCGGCAGCGAUGGUUGCUUGGACUUGCUACUGGAGGCAGUCAGGCAGGUGUCCGGCGACGCCUUUGAGGAUGACAUGCCAGGGGCAGAGAAGGUCCAACCUGCGGCAGUGACGGCGUCGACGGCGGAGGCAUCGCACUCGCCGCCUAGCAGGACGAGGCGGCCAGCUGGCGGCGCCGGGGCGAAGAAGCGGAGAGAUGCAGAGGAGUGGUGGAUCCCGCUCGAUAUCUACGAGGAGGAGACGGCCCCGAUCGUGCGGUCGAAGCGGGGAAGGAGCCAGGCGCUGCCGUUGAGGUACCGCGACUCCGUUCUCGAUCCGUGGGGGAAGCCGCCCGCCCUCACGCGCAACGGUCGGGCGCCGCGGCCGUGACAGAGUACUGCCCUCCACCCCUUAAGGUUGCCGGAGCCUCGCCAACGCCGAAACUCGUGCUAGAGAGUAAAGAUUAACGAUCCAAUGGUUCGAGUAAUCACGUCACUUUUCUCCGUUUACUUUUCGAUUCUUGUAUCCACAAUAUGUGAUGUUCUUGUAUUAAUAGCGUUAGAGAGUCGUUGUUCCCUAUUUAAUGGAGGUAAUGGCAAUGAGUCUGCCUGCCUGUCUCUCUCUCUCUCUCUCUCUCUCUCUCUCUCUCUCUCUGUACUUCAGUCAAGUGCUGCUGUAUCAGUGCUUCUAAUGAAUCUAAAUCUGUUGAACUGCUA